GCAUUUAGUAAUUGCGAGGCAAAUCCAAAGAAAAUGUGGAAAAAAGUUAAUGAGUUAACAAAUAGGAAUGUAAAAUCCACCAAUAUAAAUGAAAUUUCAGAUGACGGGAAUAUAGUAACUGAACCAAGAGAAAUUGAAAAUAGUUUCAAUAACUUUUUUACAGAUAUAGGACCCAAAUUAGCAAAAGAUCUGCCGGAACAUAACCAGAUACCAGAGUCGUAUGUAAAACCUUUAAACACCAUUUUCCGGUUUCAGUUAGUAACUGAAACAGAUGUUUCGAAACUGUUAUAG